ACGCACGCCGGGAGCCGGCCCGAGCCGCCAAGAUGUCGCAGCCCAAGAGAAGAAAGCUUGAGUCGGGGGGCGGCGGCGAAGGAGGGGAGGGAACUGAAGAGGAAGAUGGCGGAGAGCUGGAGGUGGCCCUGCCACGACCCCGGAGGACUAGGCGGGAGCGAGACCAGCUGUACUACCAGUGCUACUCGGAUGUAUCGGUCCACGAGGAGAUGAUUGCCGACCGCGUCCGCACCGAUGCCUACCGCCUGGGCAUUCUGCGGAACUGGGCAGCGCUGCGGGGCAAGACCGUGCUGGACGUGGGCGCGGGCACCGGCAUUCUCAGCAUCUUCUGUGCCCAGGCCGGGGCCCGGCGCGUGUACGCGGUGGAGGCCAGCGACAUCUGGCAACAGGCCCGGGAGGUGGUGCGGCUCAACGGGCUGGAGGACCGGGUGCACGUCCUGCCGGGGCCAGUGGAGACGGUGGAGUUGCCGGAGCAGGUGGAUGCCAUCGUGAGCGAGUGGAUGGGCUGCGGACUCCUACACGAGUCCAUGCUGAGCUCUGUGCUCCACGCGCGGACCAAGUGGCUGAAGGAGGGCGGUCUUCUACUGCCGGCUUCCGCCGAGCUCUUCGUGGCGCCCAUCAGCGACCAGAUGCUGGAGUUGCGCCUAAGCUUCUGGAGCCAGAUGAAGCAGCUCUACGGUGUGGACAUGAGCUGCCUGGAGAGCUUCGCCACGCGCUGCCUCAUGGGCCACUCAGAAAUCGUGGUGCAAGGCCUGUCCGGCGAGGAUGUGCUGGCCCGGCCGCAGUGCUUUGCUCAGCUGGAGCUGGCCCGCGCCGGCCUGGAGCAGGAGCUGGAAGCGGGGGUGGGUGGGCGCUUCCGCUUCAGCUGCUACGGCUCGGCUCACAUGCACGGCUUUGCCAUCUGGUUCCAGGUGACCUUCCCCGGAGGGGACUCGGAGAAACCCCUGGUGCUGUCCACCUCGCCUUUUCACCCAGUCACGCACUGGAAGCAGGCACUCCUCUACCUGAACGAGCCUGUGCAAGUGGAGCAAGAUACGGACGUUUCCGGAGAGAUCACGCUGCUGCCCUCUCAGGACAACCACCGUCACCUACGCGUGCUGCUGCGCUACAAAGUGGGCGACCAGGAGGAAAAGACCAAAGACUUUGCCAUGGAGGACUGAGCGUGGCUUUCUCUCCCAGCUACCUCCCGAGGCGGCCAGACCUGCGCGGUAGAGGCGGAGGGGGGUCGGAGGAGAAAGGGAAAUCUCACGUGCAAGUGUUGUUUGACAGUACGAGCAUGGCCGUAUAUGACGAGCAAUGUAUGACACUGGAUACCAGAUGAGCCAAAGGAGCCUAAGCCCUGAAGUGAGGAUUAUUCCAGAAGGAUGAGGUUGUGAGAUGCACCAACAUUCAGGCACUGUCCAAGCUCUGUAUGAACUGGUACUGAUUGCUUAGGGUCAUUUGGGUCACGGGAAGAAACUACCAGCCCUAAGGAGAGAAAAACAUGGUGAAGUCCUACCUGCUUUCCUCAAAGAGCUUACAUUUAUUUAGCACUGUGAAACUUUCCAGAUAUUUUCAUUAACUCACUGGACCAAUGGACAUUUUAUUCGGUAUACAAUAUAAUAGUCAUUGUGAUAAGUGCUUAGGAUAUAAACCAGUAAAACAUAGUUUCUCCUUCAAAUAGGUAUGUUCACAGGAUAAACCAGAAAGUAAAAUAAACAAAAAAUAAUGGGCAAAAGACUGGGUGGUGUAGGUGUUAGGGAGGGCAAGUAAUUAUCUUCACCUUACAUACUAGGAAAAAGGAGUUACACAGAUUUGGAAGGAUUUAGCCUAAGGUUAUGUAACUAAUUCUUGACAGUUUAACACAAGUCUUUCGAUUCCUAACCCACAAAAGACCCCUUAGAUUAAGGAAGUCUCCCUGGAGACCUGUCUCACAGGCCUCAAAGAGCCACCACCUUCAGUAUAUAGGAUCUUCACGUUGACAAAUACUAGGCACUCACGAAGCAUUCCCUGUUCCCAUUCCCCUAACAGAACUAAUCAAAUGUGGCACUUUCUGAGGCUCCCCCAGGGGACUGAAUCCUCAACAUAGUAGCAAAGGUAGACAAACUCUGCCAUUCUACUUGGUACUUGAUGCUGGACAGCAGAGAGACAUCUGACCAGGCGGUCAUUCAUUUAAUGGUUUAAUAAACACCAACUAACAGUUAAGUAAGCAGAUCCUACUCUCAAAAAAUUGGGGUAUGGUGGGGAGUAGAAUUACCUACAUCAAUAAUCUGCAUUCAUUCUUUAUACUGGAAAGAUUUCAUUCCAACUAAAUCUUACCCCUGCUGAAGCAAGGAUAGGAAGCCAGCCCUCUUAUCAAUUUCAUUCUUAAAAUUUCGCCCAAGUGCAAAAAUACUCCUUAUCAUCACAUAGAUUAUGAGCUCCUCAGAGAAAAAUUUCUCUAUGGUGUUAGUUCCAAAAAUAAAUCUAUGUCCUCUAUAUAACUGGUUUGUUUCAGCUAACAGACACAAUAUUUUGGGUAGAUGACCCUUCUCACUGGCUACUAGAAAGUUGAGCCAAAUUUAUAGUUCACUUGCACUUUUUGUUUUUAGCUUUAUAUCUGGCUUCAUUUCCAUAACCCAGUUUUUUCUUGAUUUGUCCCUCUCAAUAAAUAUUAAUGUUUUGUUGGAAUUUAGGUAUCUUUGUUCUCUUCUAAUACUUUCUGGCAUUAAGAUAUUUUCCUCCUUUUUGGAAUACCUGCAAUAGUUCUGAGGGUGAGGAGGUUGGAGAAAAGGCCAGAGGACCCUGAUGUACGCCCCCUUUAUUUUCUGUGAAAUGUGAUGUCCAAAGUUAUUCAUAUGGAUGGAAAGCUGAUUGGAUCUCAUCCUUUUAGCCAACCUACAGCAUUUUACACUUUGUAGAAUCAAGAUUUCUGAAUGUGUGACAAACUCAGACAUGUAGACAAUCUUGAGGAAACCUUGAAUAUUCUGCAGCUCUUUGUAAGCCUAGAACAGGCCCUAAUUGCAUCUUAAACACAACCGUAGAGUUGUAGAUUGCCAGACCCCUUCCAAAAGCGUGUGAAAAUAGUUUAAGGUGAUGAUAAAGAGGAAGGAAGGACAUAAUGAGACUAUUUCUCAUAUAUCAUAUGUGCUUAUAGGGAAAGAUUUGAAACAAAGCAUCUAAACCUAACAAAACACAGAGAAUUUUCAUAAAAAUUCAGGUAUCAACAGUAGCAUUGGAAUUGUGCUCCUUGGAGAGCUUUGAUAAUUAAAUUCAUCAUUAUUGAUAGUAAUAACUUUGGGGAAAGACUGGUGAGAUUUCAGUUGGAUAGCUUUUUAACUCUAAAAACGAUCACUUAGAAAUUUAGAAUACAUAGAUAGAACUGGGGGCGGGGAGGGCAGAAUUCCUCCUUCUCUUUCUAUAGGCUGUCCCCUGCAAGGAAAGGAAGGACAGAAAAAGGAAAGUGAGAUGGAAAGAAAUCCUCCCCACACAUUUUUAAAUACUUUACAGGCAUUCCUGCAAUCGCGUGAUAUAUGUAUUUGUAAAAACCUUCACAUUCUGCAAUAUUAUACACUAAAAAUAAGGAAAAAUUAGGUUGGGUGGACCAUCACAAUCUAUGAAAUUUUGUAACCAAGAGCACUAAGAACACUAAUUCUAAUAAAAAUAGUAGCAGUUUAAAAAGAUGUUAACCCUAAUAAAUAAACAUUGCAGUAAAUAAGACAGCUUGAUGAAAGAGCGUAAGGAAGAGUUACAGAGACAAAACAGUUGCACAAAGAUGGGGAGAAGGCUUAAUAAACCUUUCUAGGACAUAGAGCAUGUGGCUGAACAGAGCCAAGAGGAAGAAUGUAGGGUGUGACAUAUUCCUCUGGCUAGCUGCAUUUACUUGCGUAUGUGUACUUUGUGUUCUGUGGGUGCUACCUGGUGGUGUUAAAUAUUGAUGAUGGGAAUGGUCACAUAUGAAUCAAUCAACUUCCACAUUAUGUUUUGACAUUGUUCCUCUUCUUACCAAUAUCAUAUGAGUUCAUUAUUUUACAAAAACAUGCACUGUAGCACAACAUUCUGUCCUUUGUUUGAUUUCCAAAAAUUAUAAAGUACUUCAAAAUUC